AUGAACCAAAUCGUCCACAAGAUCAAAAAGUCUCUCGGCCACGACACCCGGCCCGCGAUUCCCCUCGCCGACCCCAAGGUGCAGUCGCCCGCGGCGGCCCGGCCGGACGACAAGCACAGCCCGCGCCUGCAGCCCAGCAGCAGCCCGCCCUGCGAGAACCACAACGUCCGCGAUGCGGCCCACUCGCCGCCGUCGGUGCUGAGCCAGCACCUGGGCCCGCCCAUCAUCGAGCACAACUACCCCAAGGACAGCAAGUGGAGGAGACACUCGAUCAGCGCGCAGGAGCAGCAUUACCUGCGGUGA